UAGAUGAGGCGAAAUCAGAUACUCUGAAAGUUUAAUGGUAAAAGUCUAGGAAUAACCGAACCCAGACGGCUCCUCCCAAAAUCUCCCUUCUUCGGAGAUUUAGAAGAAGGAAAAAAAAAACAGUCUCCUGUCACAUAAAACAGUUUUCUUUCCCAUGGCAGCUCCUGACUGUUUUCCCCGGCCUCUUUCGUUCCUCCCCUAUUCCACAUCUGGAUUCCAGGCCCACAUUUAUUUAUGUGACUCCAGUUGUUUUUGAGGGAGUUUAAAGUUCUCGACCAUGUACCGUUGGCAGCCGGGCUAGAUCCGAUGAAGUCUGCAAUUACAUCUCACCAUAGCCGGUCACUCUGCAAUUACAUGUUUGACCACAGAAUGUCUUGAAAAGCAGAGCCCUGCCGCUCAUAUGGCAGACAGAAAUAGACUGGUUUGGUGUCUGGUUGGACCUUCGCCCAGUAGAAACUAUGCUGCUCGACUGACGAAGAGAUGUGGGCUCUGCUGACUUCAGACUAGAGCUGCAGACCCGCAGACGCUCCAGACCCGGCGCUGCUCCUCACAACAAACCUUCACAAACCGACAAAGUGCUAUGUUGAAGUAAGGAGGACACAAGAUGGCGACGCCGCAGACUUCCAGACAAAGCAGCUACUCCUCAAUAUCUGGAAAGAUGACACACGCCAUACAUGUGGACUCUGUGCAGCGCUGGAUGGAAGACUUGCGGCACAUGACGGAGGUGGAGUGCAUGUGCGUCCUGCAGUCGAAACCCAUCGGCGUGGAUGAAGACGCUCCAGGUGAGCUCAUUGUGUCGGCCGUGGGCGAGCACGUGACCCGUGAUAACCUGCAGACGCUGCUGAAGAGGGCGCUGGUGGUCAGCACGGAGCUGGGGAAGAUGUUCCAGCGGCUGGAGAAGCGGCGCUGGCAGCGGGUCCACAGCACGGCCGUCAGGGUCAACUGUCACGUGCGCUCGCUCAUCCAAGAGUACAGCACGGCCAGAAACGCUCCGGCAGACAUGCAGAAGUAUGAGAAAUCUCUGCUGGAGAAGUGCAUGGAGCUCAACGUCAUUACUGAGAGGUGUCUUCAUACUGAGGACGAAUACUUCCUCAAAUCCAUGAAGGAGGCCAUUCACGAGAUCCUGACUGAUGUCAGCGACUCCUUCAGCCAUAUGAUUGACAUGGCACUGGCCAAUGAGAUUCAGAUUCUGAUCCGUCAGAUUGAGGAUUCUGAUAAUGUUUUUGCCAUCAGCACUGCCAUCAGUAACCUGCUGUCUUUAACUCAGGACGGGCCGCAGCUCUGCAGCAUCAUCGCCAAAGAGGGUGCUGUGGUGGCUCUGCUGAAGAUCUGCCGGCAGGACUGCUUCAGUUCUCUGUACGCUCACGCGCUCAGGACCGUCGCCUCGAUCUGCUGUGUGGAAGAGGGCAUCAGCCAGCUGGAAAAGGUGGACGGGAUCCUGUGUCUGGCAGACAUCCUGACGGACGGCGCGUGUGCGGAAGCGACGCGAGCGGAGGCGGCGGCGGUCAUGGCUCAGAUCACCUCCCCUCAUCACAGCUCCACACAACACCUCGCCAGCUUCCUGGAGAGCAUGCAGGACAUCGUCACGGCCCUCAUCAGUCUGUGUGAGAGCGCGUCCUGCGGCGAAGUGUUUCUGUUGGCCUCGGCAGCGCUGGCGAACAUCACCUUCUUCGACAGCAUGGCCUGUGAAAUCCUCCUGCAGCUCAACGCCGUUCACAUCCUGCUGCAGGCCUGCAGAGACCGGCAGCGCGUCGACACGCCGUACUCCAAAGACCAGGUUGUGACAAUCCUUGCCAAUCUGUCGGUUCUGGAGCAAUGCACCGCAGAUGUCCUGGAGGAGAAGGGAAUCGAGCAGCUGCUGCUGUUGCUGAAUGAGAAGCCGUCAUCCUCCAGUCCAUCGGAGGGCGCCGCAUGCGAGCGUGUUCAACAGAAAGCUGCCGUCACACUGGCUCGUCUCAGCAGAGACCCGCUGGUCGCUCAGACCGCCAUACAGCUCCGGGCUGUUCCUCGUCUCAUUGAGUUGUGUCGCUCACCAGCGGAAAGGAACAACAGUGAUUCAGUACUCGUGGCCUGUCUGGCUGCUUUGAGGAGGCUUGCGGCUGAAUGUCCGGACAGUAUCGGACCUGCUGACCAUCAACAGCUGAUCAAACCCAGACUGGUGGACUCGUUCCUGUUGUGCUCCAACAUGGAGGAAAGCUUCGUCUGAAUCAAAAAGAACCUGUGCAAUUUUCUCAAAGUAUUUAUUUGUUACCAAAAGAAACCACAUUGGCUGACCUGUAUGUUUUUGUAUACAACCUCCAGCCAUCCGGAAGAAAUAUAACAUGGAUCAUGCAUGACUGAAAUAUAUUGACUGAUGUAAAAAGCAUUAUUUACAUCAGUCAGGGAUUUUGAAAAUCUUAGUACAAAAGUAUCAAAUAAAAAAUAAAGUCAUAUUCAGCUGCAGCUGUGCUUGAAGAAUCAGACAUUUUAAAUGUAUCAUGUGUAAAUUUCCUAUUCAAAUGAAUGUAAAUGGAUGUUUGAUACUACAGCCUAUAUAGUGCUGAAAACUAUUUAAGAAUCUGGCAAAGAAGCAUGUGCUGAAUAAAGCUAAACUCUGUUG